GUUUUCAGCAUGAAUUGGUCACCUUGAGGCUUGAGGCUUUGAGCUCAGUGUUCUUUCUCAAAAGUUCAUAUUAGCCAUUCAAAUAGUUAUUUAACUUUGUACAAAAUGAGUGAUCCAGUUGUUGCAUAUGCUAUUAUUGCUACUAUUAUUAGUAUUAUUUUAGGAGUAAUUUUUUACCUAAAAACAAAAUUGAAAGAAGGUCCUGUAGAGCCUGCAGAAACACAGCUGCAUGCAGAGACAACUGUAAGAAGAGCUGCUGGGAACAACAGAGGGGCACAGCAGCGCAAUACAAGAGCCAGGCUGCAAGCUGUCUUGGCAGAGCGCAGGGGAGAAGUAGAGGUUGAGGAGCCACCAACCCCCCCACCUCACAUGGCCGCGGCUGCAGCGGCAAUGCCAGUGCAGCACCACAGCAGCGAUGAGGAGGAGGGUGAUGACGACGAGGCCGGCACAGUAAUGGCCCACAAAGGUGGCAAGAUUGGCAAGAAAAAGGCUGCAAAACUUCAGCUAAAAGCUGAGAAAAAGGCCCAGCGUGAAGCUGAAGAAAGGGAAAGAGAGGAACAAAGAAUCAAAGAUGCACAACGAGAAGAAGAAGAGAAGCUGAAGAAAGAGGAAGAAGCAGCUGAAGAGGCCAAAAGACUUGAAGAAGAGAAGAGAAGGCAAGAAGAGCGAGAACGCAAAGAACAAGAAGAAUAUGAGAAAAUGAAGGCUGCUUUCACCAUUGAAGAGUCUGGUUUUGAUCAGAAUGUUGAUGACAAAAACGAGGAAGACUUGUUGCAUGAAUUCGUGACAUUCAUAAAGCAAGAAAAAGUUGUGGUGCUGGAGGAAUUGGCGGCCAGAUUUCGUCUCAAGACUCAGGCUGUCAUCAACCGCGUUCAAGAUUUACAGUCUCAAGGCACUUUAACAGGCGUCCUAGACGAGCGAGGAAAAUUCAUCUACAUCAGCAUGGAUGAACUGGAGGGCAUCGCUAAGUUCAUCAGGCAGCGCGGGCGCGUCACCCUAAGCGAGUUGGCAGAGGCUUCAGGAACCCUCAUCAGCUUGUCACCUGACCAACCUGUCGUCGCUGCUAGUUAAAAUUUUGAAGGCUUGUCUUUAGAAAAAAUAUCGGAAUUGGAAGUAAGAUCGUGGGUGCAGAGAGUACAUACAACGUGCUUACUAAAGGUGCUGGAGAGGUAAAGAUAGUGGGCGAAACGUGUCCUUUGAAAUAUUGAAGUAUUUUCUCGAUUAAACGUAUCUAAAUGAGCAAAAAGAUCGUGGAUGAAAAGACUAAAGAUUCUGGAUGCAACAUAAUAUAAAAUACUGUAUUCCGUGACAAUAAUGUCGAGAACGUUGCCAAGAUUUUUUUCGGAGUUCAAGUUGUAAUGUACCAUUUUUUGAAAAAUGAUGACAACUGGCAACUGCCCCUUUAGGCGUUCUUUUAAGUUUGCAAUUUAUAGUUUUUUUUUUGCAAUUGUUGGCACUCGUUGAUGGCAUAUUUUGGAUCUCAUGUUCUCGAUUCAACUUGAAAUACCAUCUAAUGCACUCACCAACCAUGCCAGGAGAUGAUACUAUUUCAUCAGAAAAUUACUUUAAUUAAAGUCUCAGAUUAACGCAUCGGCUGGCCUUCUCUGCUUAUUUAAACGUAUGAAUAACAGUUGUUUUGUGGCCAAACUCUCAUGUAAUAACCAAGUCAUUAAUGCUGUUUAUUUUUUCUGUAGUAGGACGCCAAAUGGUUUAUUUUGUAUAAAAUACUUGAGAUGUUUAUUUCAAAUUACUUAUUGCGUUAUUAGAUGCACCAACAAAGCACGGCGCGAAGAGAAGGAAACAUUCAACCGUUGCAAAUCGUUUGUUAUUUAUAUGGGGUAGAUAACUGUUAACCAGAAUAUAAACGGAAAUAA